AUGGAUCAAGCAGACAUCCCCGCCCUGCUCGCGCGCCUCUCCAGUGACGAAGAUGCCAUGCGCAAGAUGGCCGUCUUCAAGCUGCAAUCCUCCAUCAAUGAUCCCUCCUUUGCAGACGUAUUCAUCUCUUCCGGCGGCCUGAACAUACUCCGCGGCCUUAUCAUGUCCACCGGCGGAAACACCCUCGCAUACUCUCUACAGUCGCUCAGCCGGCUCCUCGAGGUAGACAUGGGCUGGGACAUCUUCGAAUCCACCGGGGCCGGGGAAUUGGUCGAACGGGUGGUUGAGCUGAUCGUUACGCAUCCCCUGGUCAACAUCUUGCGCGGGGCAAUGUCAAUACUGGUCGCGGUUGUGUCGUAUCCGCAAUCUGCGAGGGGCGCCAUCAAGGUACCAGGGGCGUUUGGAUUCCGAGCGUUGAAGCCGGCGGUGGCGGUCUAUCCCCAGUUCUUUGAGAUGGUGGUCUCGCAGCUCAAUUCGGCGGAUCAUGCACUGUGUGCGAAUGCGUUGAUGCUGCUCAAUGCGCUGAUGAGGGACGCGAUAACGAGCGAUGGGAACGGAGGCAAGAGCAGCGGCACGGGUGAAGACUGGCCGAAGUUUAUCAAAAGGAUACAGGACUUGGGAGUGAUCAGGGCGGUUUAUGUUCUCAUGCAGAGUUCCGCCCUGCAGGACCUAGCACACCCGCUUUUGGAAUUCCAGGCUCUGACGAAGAUUCUGUUGAGGAAAUGGAGGGACGUCAAGGUCGAUUUGGAGAGACCGGAACAUCGGAGAGCUUUGAAAGGGGUACAUCUAGCCAGUGCACCAGAGCCCAACCACCCGCUCGAAAAUGGAGGUACAACGAAGACCGAGGAGUUGACAGCGGAGUCGUCGAAGAAAGGCAGCAGGCGGCAUAAUCCAGAGAAAUGGAGACGCCUAGGAUUCCAGACGGAAAGCCCGGGCUGGGAGUUCGACACGACUGGUUUUUUGGGGAUGAUGGAUCUGACAGACUAUGUACGGCAGCAGGAAGAUGGGUUCCAGAAAAUCCUCCUUGAACAGUCCUCACGCCCGAUGAACGCAAGGUGUCCCAUUGCCCGGUCGAGUCUGGCAAUCACGACCAUUCUGUACGAGCACUUCGAGGUGGAUAAAUCUGACGUGGAGGAUGCGAAAAGUUACCUGGUUUUGGAUGGAAUGAAGAAUUACGACAAGAUCUUCCGACCUCUGCUAUUACAAUGGUCACGGCUGCAUACAGUGUGCCUGCAGGCAUUUUUCCGGCUGUGGAAGGCAACAGGUGCCGAGCAAGAAGAUUUUGACAAGGUCGCUGAGUUGGUUAGGAUAUUGAUCGAGCAAGUGAUUGGACAGGCUCCAAGGACGAGGGAUGUUCAGGAAGUAGAGGAAGAGCUUGGAGAAUUCGAGUACUCGCGAUUGCGGGAAUUGCAAAUGGAGUUGCUAGAGGUGACAUUCGAGGACGAAUGGGGCCAGCAUCUACACCAAGUUCGGGACGAAUUGAAACACGAGGCUCUGCAGUUUGUCAAGGAGCAGCGGAUACGCUGUCUGCUCCAAGGGGCGUGGUUUCCCAAGACUCAGUCGAACAAGAAUGAUACACAUCGAAAUGGCACCCAAGGAACUCCAGCUACGAAUUGGCGAUUUGUCAGGCUUUCUCACAAUCGUCGAUAUCUACAUUACGCAGACUUCAGGUUACAGUCAACGAAAGAACCUUCCCUGGACGAACUGAACGAAAAGAUCGACCUUGGUACUAUCAGCUCUGUUGUUUCGAAUGUCUCGGCGGCGACUGAUAGUAGCUCGUGUUACUCAAGUACAUCUACGCUCAAGUCGCUUCAUACACCGAAGCAGAGCUCGACCAAGAUCACCAUCAACAGCUUUGCCAACACGUCCGACAACAAAUCUCAAUCCUCCCACCAGGAUCCAACCGAGCGUGCGAUCCUGACAUUAAUGCCACAGACACACAGCCUGGCAUCUGAAUGGCUCGAUGGCCUCCUCAUGCUGCUGAACCAAGCUCCGAUCACGGCAGAAACGAAUAAACUUGUCAGCCUCGUCAGCGAAUACGGUCUGAAGAUCCGGCUUCUGAAUGUACGACUUAAUGAUGGGUAUGCUGGACCCCCCGAAGGCGCUGGCGUCGUCCCUAGCAGGGCGGGUCUGGAUGAGGACUACUACUACGAAAUAUAG